GUGGAAUUUUUUAGUACACUGAGUCACGACUACAAGUAGUGCGUUAUCCUCUAAAAAGAUGGGGGUUUACGGGAAUGUUGACGAGAGGACUGUCUUCACGAGGACGAGGCGGAUCGACUUCCCAAGGACGACUUCGCCAAGCAUUUUCAGUCGAAGCUGCAGCAAUCUCGGAGCACCAACCGAGCAGGGGCAAGCAGGAGGCGAAGCUGGAGGUGGUGACGAAGCACGAGGCGAGCCUGCUAGUCGAGGAGGACAUAUUAUCAAUCUCGGGAUGAAUCCAGCAUCAACAUCACGACAAGUAGCUGCACAUCAUCAAACUGGUUCUGGUUCUAUGUCUAUGACGAAAACAUCAUCAAUGUUGACGAAAACAUCAACAUCAUCAAAAGGCAUAUCGAUAUCAACGGGGGACCGGUCUGUAGCGACGCG